AUGAGAAAAUUAAAAGAUGUGAAGUGUUGUGAGAUAUCUCUGAACCUAUACAUGUUAUGUACCCGGAGAAAACCAAGUUUACUCAUGGACUUCUGUAGGUUUGAGAACACUGGAUUAGACAAGGCCUGCUUAAACACAGUCGGAGACGGGGCCUGUAUAUUAAAACUUGAUUUGGAUUAUUUUGUUUUUAACAAACCCAUUCUUGUUUCUCAUCUACACCGUCUCCUUACAGAGAAUACCUCUGUUUAUAUCGAUAUUAGUUCUUCCAAUCCUUCUCCAUUAUUGUGCAGCAGUACUAUAGUUACACAGAUAAACUCAUCAGUGGAGCAGGUUCUACUCAACCUGGAGAAAAGUGAGAACUCUCUCAUAUACCUGGAGAAUACAGAGUCCUGGAACCUUUCAACUCUAUUCGGGGUUCUUCUAGGUUUCCCAGUAGUCUACUGGUAUUCACAGGAACAGGAUUCAAACUGCCUAAGCAAUCAACCUUUAUGCGUUUACUCAGUUAAAUCCCGAGGCUUUACUCCAAUAUCAUUCUCCGUUCCGGUCAGUUGUUUAUCCAACCCGGAUAUAUCCCGAAGAAUUGAAUCCUGGGUGUCGGCCACAUGGCCGGAGCUACCGGAGAAUCCAUGGAAUCAGGACUUCAACCUGAACGGAGAAAUUUAUAAAUUCUCCACAACUGUUGUAACUAAACCUGUCAUAAUCCUGUAG